UUAUUUGCAGUAUAAACAGGGUAUGAGGAGAACCAGCCAACCUCAACAGCCUACCCUGUUUGCUCAGCUAUUGCUCCUGAAAAACAGAAGCGGUGACUAAAGCCCCGUCAGGCAUUCCUUUUCCAUUUGGGUUUUGAAGAGCCUUCUAAUUCAAGAGGCUGUUUUUGUCCAGUUAUGAAACCUCUCAUUGCAGUAGUGCUCUGCUGUAGUUUUCUCUCCAGCGGGGCCAACCCUCUUCCACUUGAGUUUUUGGACUGUGAUGACCCUGAUGUCUUCAAGGCUGUGGACGCAGCGCUGAAGAAAUACAAUGGAGAGAGAGCGACUGGGAAUCAAUUUGCUCUGUACAUGGUGAUGGAAGCCAAGAGAACUGCAGGUCCUGACACACAAUUCUAUGUGAAAUAUCGAAUACGAGAAACCACUUGUGCCAUUGAGGAAAACAAACUCUGGCAAGACUGUGAUUACAAAGUACCUGCAGAGGCUGGAACAGGAGAAUGCACAGCUCAAGUUCACGUGAAUGGUGCUGAUAAAACAAGUAAUGUUUCCCAAGAUUGCAAAAUUUUUCCAGCUACGCCAAAGAUAAAAGUGACUGAGGCCAUCUGUACUGGAUGCUUCCAACCCAUAUCGAGAGACAGUUUGAAAGUGUCAGACAUCCUGAAACAAACCAUCCAGAAGUUUAACCAGCACAGCGCUGAGACCGCCCUUUAUAAGCUUGUGGAAAUAAAAGAAGCCCAAAUACAGGUGGUAGCUGGAUUCAAUUACGUAAUUAAAUAUGAAAUUGAGGAGACUAAUUGCUCCAAAGACCAAUUUCAAGAUUUAACUCCAGAAUGCAAACCCACUUCCAGAGGUCGUGUAGGUAAAUGUGAGGCCAAAGCGUAUGAAAGUCUUCAUGGGCAGAUUGUAGACACUGCACACCAGUGCAAGCUCCCAGUUGAAGAGACAAUUUCUGCCACUCGCACUGGUUGUCCAAAGAGCAUCCCAAGAGACAGCCCAGAACUGAAGGAACUGCUGAAGGCUUCUAUGGAGAAGUAUAACUCGGAGAGCAAUGAUGAUUUCUACUAUAAAGGUGGAGAAAUACAAGCGGCGACAGUUCAGGUGGUUGCGGGACAAAACUACCAUUUAACAUUCACAGUCCAAAAGACAAACUGCUCAAAGAAAGAGUUUGAAAAAUUUCCUGAAGACUGUGAAGCCACAUCAGACAGUGUACCCCUGCCCUGUGAAGCACAAAUUCACGUGAUCCCAUGGGACAAUAAAAUCCUUCCGCAGGUGAACUGCUCUAAAGGACGGUCAAUGGAAGUACUUAUGAGAAGGCCUCCUGGAUUCACCCCUUUCCGAAGCGCUACUCUGCGGGAUCAGCCAGCUGGAAUUUCAUGCUCUGAUAAAAAUGAAGAAGAAAAGGAAAGACCUGGCGAAGAACCGAGAAAAGAUGGAGGACAGGAACCAGAAGGUGAAGGUGAACCCGAGCAUAAAGACAGGCAUAAACAUGGGCAUAAACACAGGCAUGGAAAUAAAAAGGAUCACAAGUCUGACAAAAGGCAUAGGCAUGAAAUUCGUUGUGGGCACAGAAAAAGCCAUAGGUGUGGGCAUCAAAACCACAGUAGGAAUGGUAAACACAAACAUCCAGACCUCAAAUCUUCUGAGGAGUCUGAUGAAAGGGAUUUUAAUCAAAACAAACCCCUCCCAUCGUCCAGUGCUGAAACAGCAUCAGAGCUAGUUAAUGCAGGGGUUGUGAGAGAGGAAACCAGUCCACCUGCAGAACCACUAAUUCCUCCUGAUACUUCUUUAUUUAAUGGGUUGCCAGAUCGCGCAGGAUCCCCUCUCCCCAGAUGUCCUGGAAAACCAUGGAAACAGAUUACGGACCUUCCGGCUGCUUCUACUUUUCCCAGAGAAUUCACAAAUGAGGAUCUCUUGCCCUCUGCAGCAGAAAGCACCGAUCCAGCAACAGAUGGCUCAACACCUCCUCAAAACGAAGAGAAAGACCUUGAUCUCUCAGAUGCUUUACCAUAACUCACGCGUUGCAGCAUCCUUUUCAGAAAUUAGACAUAGAAAAAUAAGAAAAAUACUGCCUUUUGAAAUGUAUAAAAUAUGAGGAGGGAAAGGCUCCUAUUCCGUUACUGAGAUACUCAAGCAGGUCAGUAGCAUUUCUGCAGACCGAAGACCAAACGACAAUACUCUGUAUUUGCAUAUAUUUGCAAAGAUGUAAAUCAGGCAGUGACACCAGGGAUUCAGAACCAGUCUAGUAAAGGGACCAGGCAAGUCAAUAGCCUUCUGCUGCAGAAGUUAAAGUUGUAUCUCAUCUGCCUCAAGUUGCUAUAAGUGAAUCCCUGCACCAAAUCCCACUGGUUAGAACAAUGGCACAAAGAAUUUCACAGAUCACAUGAAGAAUCUCAACCAAAUAUGGGCAAGAAAAAAGCAAGCCAAUAUAGAACAAGGGUACCUUUCUUAGAUAUCUGAAAUAGUAUUUCUCUAAUUUACUGGAGUGAAUCUUUUAAACAACAAAAUAAAGGAACCUCUUUAACCUGACAAUUUCUUUAAAUAAAUUAAUAUUACUAGCAGGC